UAUGCAAACUGACGGUGUUUGUUACCCAGUCUUUUUUUCUCUUUCCUCUCCUUUCACUCUAGCUUGUUUACUCUCCUCAGAGGUUAAGAUCAGUGCAAACAAAACCUGCAAUUCUAGUUGGUGAUUACCCGGUUCUUCCUUCUUUGCCCUCCUCCUCCUUUCUUUUUCUUCUUCUUCCUUCUCUUCCCCCCUCUUGGAGAACCCAUGGGUUCUCACGAUGAGAAGCCGAUCGUGAGAACCCAGAUCGGGUUCUCACCGUGACACUGGGUUCUCAUGGCGAGAAGCAAUUCUAGUAGGUGAUUACCCAGUUCUUCCUUCUUUUCCCUCCUCCUUCCUUCUUUUUCUUCUUCCUUCUCUUCCCCCCUCUUGGAGAACCCGUGGGUUCUCACGGGAUCUGGGUUCUCACGGUGAGAACCCGAUCGUGAGAACCCAAAUCGGGUUCUCACUGUGAGACUGGGUUCUCGCCGUGAGAACCCAAUCCGGGUUCUUGUCUUUUCCUAAUUUCAAACGAUUUUAUUUUGGUUUUUUAUUUUUUUUUAUUUGUUGUGAGUUGCUGGAAAUUUCUUUUGAAUUCUUUGUGCAUUGUUGAAAAUGUCUAAUGGGUGCUCCAAAAAAGAUGGAAUGUUGGCAGCAACAGGCAACGUCGGACACUUUUUUUGGUUGGAUGUUUGCUUCUUACGUUAAUGACAGCAAGAUUAAGAAACCCAGCACUCUCUAGAUUUGAAGAAGAUGGAGAACUUUAGGGGUUAGGUGUCUAACGGAGACGGUUAGUGUAGUUGACGGAUUCCGUUAGUGUGUGGAUUGAUGUGUAACAGCAGAGGUAAGCCUAUCAUUGUCCAAAAAAAUAAUAAUAAUAAAAGGCAUCGACACUAACCGUUGGAAGCAUCAGAAUCUCAUGGGCGGUGGGAGGAGGAACCUCUCUGUUUCCAUGGAGAGAGAAAUUCGAACUGCCAGAAACUCAAGUCAGAAAUCCUUAAACAGAUCUAAACGCUGAAAAAGCUACCUCAGUGUUCAUCUCAAAAUUAAUUUCUUCUUACAGUUCCAAACAAAGCCUUCCGAAGUCUCAUAUAUAAACAAAAAGAUGUGGACUAAAAAUUUCUUUAGAAUGAGAAUCUAAAGUUUUCAAAUCCAAAAGUCUAUGACCAUUUGUACCCAAAAGAUGGAAGAGGCUACCACCCUUUCAUCUUCCUCCUCCAUUAAUAAAAUAAUCAAACAAAUAAAAUGAGCCAAUAGACAUAAGAGGUUUAGUUUGAGAGAAUGAAAGUGAAAAAUAUGCGAGAUAAAUGGGGGGAAAAGGCACAAAGAACCAUGGAGAAAGAAGAACAGGUGAAACCGCUUAAAUAAUUUACAUCAAAAUGAAGGAAACUAUUGUAAAUAUAUAAAAAUUGAAGUUCGAAACUGCUAGCUUCAACAAUUAAUUACCUAAAUAGAUUUAGAAAAGCAAACAAAACUAGCAUUAAAAAAUAAAUAAAAGGCAUCGACACUAACCGUUGGAAGCAUCAGAAUCUCAUGGGCGGUGGGAGGAAGAAGCUCUCUGUUUCCAUGGAGAGAGAAAUUCGAACUGCAAGAAACUAAAACUAGAAAUCCUUAAACAGAUGUUAACACCGAAAAAGCUAUCUCAGUGUUCAUCUUAAAAUUAACUUUUUCUUACAGU